AUGGCUAAGAAAGCUAGAAAACGAAAGCUCACUACACGAUUUCAGGCGCUACCCAACGAGCGCAAGGACUUCAAGCGUGGUUAUGACAAGCCUCGCAACCCGCAACCAAUUGACAUUAAUACUGCUCCCGGUACAUUAGGUUCUUAUUUCUAUUCUUUCCCACAAGAGAUACGCGACGAUAUCUUUGCCUGCCUUUUGGUUCGUCCGCCUAGGUGGGACGUAGAACACAGACAAUCCUGCGAGCUACGGAAAAAGAAUCCAGAAUACCCGCUUCAACCGUACUUGUGUCCUGAAGAUGACGGGACAUGCGCGAACGCUUAUCAGACUCUUGCGACUUGGCGGCAUCGCAUACUUCCUACCACUGUGGAUCCUUUUCGAAGCGUAUGGGCGCCUCCACAGACGAACCCCUAUCUUUGCACAUACUGCUGGGAUUGGCGAUACCGUCCUCGGCCAUUUCCUAUAACGUACUCGUUACCAUGCUUAUGUGCUCGCCGAGAACACUUACAGACUCUGCUUGUAUGCCGAAGAUGGUAUGAGGAGGCUGGUCGGGUCUUUUAUUCGCGGAAUACUUUCUCGUUUACCAACGUCCCCGAAGGCAUUAACUUCUUUGAUAAUUUGAAUCCAAGAUGGAAGCCCUUCUUAACCAAGAUUUGCCUGCUGAAUUUUCUUGGAGGUUGCGAACAGCAGGGGCCUUUGGAUGAAUUCAAAGACAUCAGAAUCCCCACUCGCGGUAAGAAUGGCUUAGCCAAAUUGUGGCGACAGCUGCGAAGUCUGCCAUUCCUAAGCGAACUAGAGCUCGACGCAAUCUUUCUCACGCGACUUGAAUGUGUCGAAGUGUUCCGUGGGCCCCCGCUCAAAAACCUAAGGCAACUCAAGUUUACGCAGUCCGAUCCGAACGCUCCUGAUGAUGAGGCGCACAGGUUCGUAUGGCCGCGGCGAGCACUCCGAUGGACAAAUGAUGACAAUUUUUCUGCGUGUAUUACGAAGUGGAUUAUGGGAUCACGCUAUGGAUGGGUUAAGGGAUUGAAGCAUAUCAUCUCCGACUCUAAUACAAGAGGCGUUAGGAAGCAGAGGAGUCUGUACACGAAUCGCAUCAAAACCCGCCUAAAAUCUUCAUCUCUAUCGCCAACGGAACGCGAAAAGUCUCUAUUGACGAUGGAGGACGAUGGGGAAUAUGACCAGCUCCCUUAG